AUGACUGCACUGCUCCAGAUGGGCAUCUUCGGCGAUUCGAGCUCGCCGUUUGAUGAAUACAUCGACAAAGUUACUGCCGAACAUCUGACCACUGAAAAUUGGGCAAUGAUUCUUGACGUUUGUGACAAAGUGAACAGCGAUCCACGUGCUCCGAAAAACGCGUUGCUAUCAAUUCGUAAGCGAUUAAAUCAUCGUGAUCCUCAUGUGGUGCUUCUGGCUCUCUCAGUAUUGGAUUCUUGCUGGAGUAACUGUGGACCAGCUUUUCGUAAAGAAGUUUCUUCUGCUAGUUUUAUUAACGAAUUGCAGGCGAAAGCCACGCAUAGUACUCGCCUUGUUGCGGAAAAGACAAGAAUGAUGAUCCAGAAAUGGGUGGAAAAUGAGUGCAAAUCUGAU